AAGCUUGAUGUCCAUCUUUGAAGCUGCUUUCUUGUGUCAUUCCUCUUUAUAUUUUGAGAGAAGGUGUCAUUAAUUCCCCCUUGUUCCCCUCCUCUCAAAGCAAAGAUGCUUGCCAUCUUCAGUGGUGCGGUCGUAAGGGCUCCCGAAGAGCUCGUCCAAGCCGGCAACCGCACCCCCACACCGAAGAAGUCGGCGAACAGACUUUUCGACACCUUCGUCCGAAAAUUCUCUUCUUCUGUUGCCAUUAACAUCGACCCACUCGCGCGAAUUUCCUACACCCAUGAAACCGAGUCCUUGAUGAAACCAAGGUCGUUUGCUGUGAAGGAUGAUAUCUUUUGCACGUUUGAGGGGGCUUUGGAGAAUCUUGCGAGCCUAAAGCAACAAUAUGGGCUUGGAAAGCAUACAAACGAGGUAGUUUUGGCUAUGGAGGCAUAUCGAGCUCUGAGGGACCGAGCUCCUUAUUCGACUAACCACAUGCUCUCACACCUUGUUGGCAAGUUUGCCUUCAUCAUCUUCGACAGGUCUACGUCCAGCGUUUUCAUAGCAUCGGACCAAGAUGGGAAGAUUCCCUUGUUUUUAGGGAUAACGGCUGAUGGAUGUCUAGCUUUCUCCAACGAUGCUGAGAUACUUAGAGAUGCAUGUGGGAAAUCAUUGGCAUCAUUUCCUCCAGGGUGCUUUUUCUCGACAAAUACCGGUCUUCGAAGCUAUGAGCAUCCAAAGAACAAGGUCACUGCAGAAAUGGCAGCGGAGGAGGAGAUUUGUGGUGCAACUUUCAAGAUUGAGAGACCAAACUUGCAAGCAACAGCUGAAUAGGAUGUUCUGCAUUGACCGUUGGAACACCAGUUAAUAAUGCGUACAGGUCGUAAGAAAUAAUAGCAUUAGUCAUGGAUCACCAGCUAGGUUGGGUUGAUGGUGAUCAUAUUGGAAGAGCGUUUCAUGUGAAAAAUUUUGAUACAUGUAUUGGUCUCUUCUGAAACAUUCUUCCUUCCCAUCACGGGAAACCUUGGUUUUGCCAUGACCACACCCGCCCUCCUGCACUGAAUUUUCUUAUCUCCAUCUUAUCCUUUCGUCCUUUCGACUUGUUAGCUUAUGUCCUCCUGCCCUGGGGUAAUGGCACGACAACUACCAUGAUGUAGACAAGAGGUACUCGCUAGCUUUACCACGUCACCAAAGUUGUAAACUUCACCAUCUUGAAUAAUAUGGCUUAACCUGAUAUGUAAAAUGGCUAUUGUGGAUGAUGCAUCUUGGCCAUUCACCGUAUCAGUUUCUUUU